AUGCUGACCAUAGAUAGAUUUUUUCUUGCCCGGCUGGUGCUUGAUGAAGUUUUGGAGCUUACAACGAUCGGGCAGAUACGAAAAACACUCCAAAGAGAGCCGCAAGGGCUGCAGGGAGCAUUUGAUGCAAGUGUGCAACGCAUCGACGCCCAACCAAAGCCCAGAAGGUCAUUAGCUCGGCGUUUAUUAUCUUGGAUAACAUACGCAAAGAGACGAUUGAAAAUUGAAGAAGCAAUGUGUGCAUUUGCUGUGGACGAAGAAAGGUUUGACCAUGAGUACAUUCCUAGCGCAGCGCUUCUUCUCCGCGUCUGUGUUGGCCUGGUCGUU